GUGAUAAUAACUAUCGUGUGAAAUAAUAAAACAUCGCAAGAUGUUUUAUAAGUAUCGACGUAUUUAUGCUUCUCGUGAAACGCUUCUGAAAAUUAACCUCUACCAUAAGAAAAUAUUGUAAUGAUCAAACAUGAUUUGUGAGCACUGAACACCAUAACGCUCCAAUUGUUAUAUUAGAAUCCUUGCACUUGUACAGAGCGAAGUCAACACUUACUCUUAUACAUUUGUACAUGCAAUAUGAUAUUUAAGAAAAGCAUUAAAAAAUGAUCAAUAAUUGAAGAUGGGUCAUGGACAUAAACCACCAUACGAGAUACCUGAUCCUAGCAUCUUCAAGGUCGAGGAUGUACCGGACCUGAAGCGUGUUCAGGAACAGUUGGCCAAGAAGGGACUGAAGGAUCCUUGGUUGAGAAAUUAUGUAUGGCGGUACGAGAAGAGACCGUAUAAUACCGUAAAAACUCUACUUCGAGGCGCCAGAGUUGGUGUGCCAUUAUUUCUGAUUACCAUAGCUGUUGAACAGUACUUUGGUAUUGAUUAUUCAGGACAUCAUCAUGAUCAUAAAGGCGAGGGUCACCAUUAACUUCUAGAACUUUCUAGUUUAGAAUCUUGCAAUUAUAAUAGUGAUAACAUAGCUGUAAAGAUAUUACAGCUACAAAAAUAAAUUAUAAUGUAAAAAGUGUAUGUUCUUUUUUAAAAAAUAUUUCUGUAAAUUUAUGUUUGUUGAGACAUUAUGCGAGUGAUUAUAUAUUGUUGAAACAUUUAUCGAUUAAGGACUGUAAAAUAUAUAAAACUUUCUGUC